AUGAAGACAAAACAAGAGAAUGAGGGAAGUGACGGCAUGAAGACAAAACAAGAGAAUGAGGGAAGUGACGGCAUGAAGACAAAACAAGAGAAUGAGGGAAGUGACGGCAUGAAGACAAAACAAGAGAAUGGGGGAAGUGACGGCAUGAAGACUAAACAAGAGAAUGGGGGAAGUGACGGCAUGAAGACAAAACAAGAGAAUGAGGGAAGUGACGGCAUGAAGGCAAAACAAGAGAAUGAGGGAAGUGACGGCAUGAAGACAAAACAAGAGAAUGAGGGAAGUGACGGCAUGAAGGCAAAACAAGAGAAUGAGGGAAGUGACGGCAUGAAGGCAAAACAAGAGAAUGAGGGAAGUGACCGCAUGAAGGCAAAACAAGAGAAUGGGGGAAGUGACGGCAUGAAGACAAAACAAGAGAAUGGGGGAAGUGACGGCAUGAAGACAAAACAAGAGAAUGGGGGAAGUGACGGCAUGAAGACAAAACAAGAGAAUGAGGGAAGUGACGGCAUGAAGACAAAACAAGAGAAUGAGGGAAGUGACGGCAUGAAGGCAAAACAAGAGAAUGAGGGAAGUGACGGCAUGAAGGCAAAACAAGAGAAUGAGGGAAGUGACGGCAUGAAGGCAAAACAAGAGCAAACAAGAGAAUGA